AAUCUUAAAAUAUCAAUGCUCAGUAUUGUUUGUAUUGUAAAAUCAAAUUCGUUCUUUCUCUGGCAAGGAAAAUGGAAAGAGGUGAUUGAUUAUGUUACCGAAGCAGAUAAAUGUGAGAGAGAUGAUAAAGAUACGUUGAUAGGAAAAAUUAUAAAAAAAUAUACGAGCUACUGCCGAUAUUUGGUAAAUUUUUACUGGUGUUUAGUCGCCAUCACAGCUGUAACAGUCAUUGGCACUCCACUUAUACGAUAUGUAUCUUCUGAAACAUAUCGUCAAGCAUUGCAAAAUGGAACAGAAUUGUUUCCACACAUAUUUAGUGCAUGGACUCCUUGGGAUAGAUAUCAGUCACCUGGAACCUGGGUAAAUUUGAUAUUCCAAACUAUGAUGUGCAUCUGUGGAGCUGGAAUCAUGGCUAACUUUGACACGUGCACAUUAGUUAUCAUGGUGUUCUUCGGAGGAAAGUUUGAACUCCUUAAAGCUAGGUGUGAGAUAAUAUUUACUGGAGAUACUAUGAUUAGUGACGAAGAAGGAAAUACAAGGAUACAUCAAUUGCACGCGGUUCACGUUGCACUGAUGAAACACAUAAGAAUAUUUGAUUCCCUGCUGUCGCCUGUUAUGUUCUUCUAUGUGGUUGUGUGCUCUUUGAUGCUGUGCGUUAGUGCGUUUGAAUUAACGACUGCGACUGACACAACACAAAAGAUGUUAACAGCGGAGUACCUGACAUUUGGCGUUGCGCAGCUGUUCAUGUUCUGUUGGCACAGCAAUCAAGUCUUAGCUAAGAGCAGCAAUGUCUCGCUGGGGCCGUACCAGAGCGCGUGGUGGCAGACCAGCGUGCCACAGCGGCGCAACAUCCUCAACCUGCUGGGGCAGCUGCGAGCCACGCAUACCUUCCACGCGGGACCUUUCACCGAUCUGACGCUCUCUACAUUUGUGUCGAUUCUCAAAGGCGCCUACAGCUUUUAUACUUUACUGAAAUAA